AGAGAAGCUCAUGAGAAGACAGAGGGACAUAUCUAGGAGGAAAGAAGAGCAGGCGUCAUGUCCAAACAAAGUGGAAAGAAAAAAAGGAUUGGCUCACGUCGGCAUGGUGUAAAUCACAAAAACACAAAUGAAACAGAUGAGUUCUUAGUUGCAGACAGCGUCCCUGUUGCAGAACACAGUGUACUUGAAGAUAAAGAAUUAGCAUUUGCCAAGCCUGACGAUUCACAAUCUCAGACCGCAGCUUCACCAGAACUCACAGGGAAUAGAAGAAAACUUGGGUCUAGUCGAAGACAUAAAGGGGGAAGGCAUGUCAAGGAGUCAGAAACAGAAUCACACCACAAACCUAGAGAGGAAGUUGAGGAAAAGACUGAGGGUGAAGGAAGCCCAGAAACAACACAAAUGUCACCAGUAACACAACAUGAGGAGGGGAACUUUUUAAGUAAAAAUUAUGAGCAUGAAAUUGUGACACACGAAGGCCUUUUGUAUUUUUCUGAAGAACUCCCGAAGGUGAAAGAAAGCAAGGGCAGAGAAGAGAGCACAGAAAUUAUAAGACUGGAUGGAAAUCCUCAGAGCAGCUACAUGAGUGAGUCAAAUGUAGAAUCACUAGCUCAACCGUUUUCUCCCACACCAGACCUGACUGAGCAAAGUGAAUGCAAUAUUCAACAGGCAGAACUUUCAGCACCAAAUAAGGAGCUAUCAACAAAAGAGCAACAGAAAGAGAUUUUCAGCUUAUCUGCUGAAGUCAAAGAUGCUUGGCAAUCAGAAAAGGAGAUGAAGAUAACACAACUGCAUGGAACUGAUGAUGAAAAUCUGAUGCAUGAAAGGCUUCCUACUGAAAGAAUUUCUGAAAAUCUGAAUAACCAAGCUGAGCCCAGUUACACAUACCAGUACAAGUUUGAAAGCACUGGCGCUUCUGCCAAACAAGAAGUUUUAAAUUCUGCCGACAAACAGGAUGAACAACACAAAAAAGAAGACACCUUUGAGGGUUUUGUAGACAAGACUGAGGAUUACCAUGUUUGUGAUUUAGUUCAGUUAGCUUCAGUUAAAGCUAACAAUGGGCUGGAUCAGGUGGACGAAAAAGAAAGUGGACUUGAUGAUGAUAUGAAACCCCAGGUUGACCAGACAUUUCAAGAGAUGGAAAAAAAUCCCUCUGGUGCUGACUUGAACAGUUCUUCUUUACAAAUGCUUCAGUCAGAAACAGAAACCUAUUUUGACUCCCAUCGUCAAGAUACUUUUGUGACUAGAGAUGAGCAGGACUCAGACUGUAGCCCUGUUGGGAACCGACGAAAACUUGGGUCGAGUCGAAAGCAUAAGAUUAAGCAGAUCAAGGAUUCUGCCACUGAAUCAUACCACGAACCAACACAUGAAGUGGUGGAAAAUAUAGCAGGUAAGGAAGGCUUGGAAACAGAAGUGUCGUUACCAAUUGAGACAGCUCAGAGGAAGUCAGAGGAAAGAGCACUGGCAGAAAUGACUUUCGACACUUCUCAAUUUGAAAAACUUUGCUGUCCUGUGGAAAAUCAGUGUCUUCUUGACAUCUUGGAUGAAAGAAGCCCUCAAAACCAACCUGAAAAUGAAAGCAUUGUUGAGAAAGAAACAGUUCCGUCUUCAAAACAACAGUCAUCUACACUUGAAGAGCAAAGUGAGAUAUCAACCUUGUCAGAAAUCAGAGGUGCUCAUCAGUCAGAGGAGGCUGUAAACACAGUUCUUGAACCAGAGUUUCAUUUAACACAAAGUCAAGAAAUUUUAGAAAUUGUUCACUCUGAAAUUUUGACACCAAAUGUUGUGGAACACUUAGAAAUAUUUUCUGGAAACCCAGUUAAACAAGAUAAAGUCAGUGACCAAUCUGAAUUCACCAUGAGAAGCUCAGACGACUCUGUCGCCAAGCAGGAAGUUUCAAACCCUGUUGACACACAUGAUGAGCAUCCUACAAAAGUAAUCAACAUUGAGUCUUUUGAUCACAGAAAAGAGGAGUAUGAAAGACCACGGAUAAGUGACGAUAAAAGAGAAGACACAGCACUUGACCAGGUAUUCACGACUCAAGGCAAAGUAGAAGAUGAUAUAAAUCACACCUCAGACCAAACAGGCUAUCUAGAAAAGGAAGGCCUCUUAAAUCAAGUGGAGAGCAAAUCUUUUCAAACCCUUCCAUCUGAGAUUUCUCUAAACUCUCAACAUCUGCAAACCAACAGUAGUCUCAUCCUCACUGCUGCAGAAAUGUACCAAGGACCUAACGAGGAGGACAACGAAAUGACCAAAGAUAAUGAGCCCUCUGAAACUACAAAAAGCUCAUUAACAGGAGAGACAACAGCAGAGGACAUAUCAAUUGAAACAAACAUGGUAGACAGUGACACGUUUGAUACUGUUCAGAUGGAAGAAGUAGGUAAUCAACUAAAACAUGAUGCCAGUUUUGGCAAAGUGGUUGACGCCAGUGGGCUUACAAGUUUGAAUUUUGUUUCAGAAGUUGAUCAAAAGCUUGUUGAAUUGUCAACGAAGAUACCAGAUGAAGAACUCCACAAAAUCACUGUAACUGAAAAAGAGCACAGAGACAAGGAAAACAAUUUCUCAAAGCCACAUGUAAAUUUACCAGCCAACUCUUUGGUGAAUGAGCAACGCUUAAAUUCAGAGGAACAAGAUUCGCUUCUCAAGAUGGUGGUAACCACAGAAAACCACAGACCCCAAAGUGGUACAGAAUUUGAAUGGAGUAUUGAGCAUGAAGAAUUUUCAUCACAGAAAGAAGAGUUGCCUAAAAAUGAGAAACAAAAUGAAGUCUUCAGCUCAUGUGAAGCUGCUGGAGUUCUUCAUUCAAAGGACACUGCAAAUGAAGUUCACAGGAAGGGGGAGGAGGUUAAGCAAGCACAAGUGCAAGAAAUUCACUACCCCUCUGAAAGGGUGACUGAUGAUGCCACAGAAAGUUCUGCAUCCGUAUCUGGACACCCAAACGACCAAAUAAGUGACCUGUGCCAGCCUGAGUUGAAUGUGGAAAGCACUGAUUUGGUAACUAUGCAAGACAAUCCAAAUCCAGAUGGUAAUGUGUUCAGCAAUCAGGAGAAGGUCCUGUUUGAAGAUGAGGACAGUAAAUCUGUAAAAACACAACAAUCAGAAAUGAUCUCUAACUUGGAAGACUCAGCUAUGGAAUACAGAGAAAGUACCAGGGUCAGGGAGGAACUGGAAACAUCACAGAUGCAACUAGAAACAGAGACAGUAGGUCAAGAAGAACUCAGUCAACAGACUGACUAUGAUGUCAGCAUCCCUGUACCACAUGAUGGCACUUCAAAUCUUGCCAUUACACAUUCUGGGCUUCAAAACCCCACACCAGCAAACUAUCCCGAGAAGAACCUGGAAAGCCCAAUUCCUGAAAGUGAAAAUCUCCAAGAUCAUGGAGUAAAUGAGGGAGAAUUAAGAGUGGAGGAGUGUAAUGAAUCAAUGUUAGUGCCUCUUGAAGGAAUGGACACAUCUGGCACUUUUCAGGUUAAAGAUGCCAUAGGUCCUCAUUUUUCAGAGGAUGCUUUUCAUGACCAGGAUGUAAAACCACCACCUCAAAUGCAAGAAAAGCAUGAACUUGACAGUGCUGGCCAAAGUGUGAAACAGAGUCCUAACAUAAGCAAAGAAAUGGUUUUGUCAAACCUGAUAGAGGAAGCUGAAGUGAGUGACAUUAACCAACCUGAGUUGACUAUAAAGAGUUCCUUUGAUCGUCCAAGUAAGCAGGAAGACUUCCCUCUUUGUGACAGGCACGAAGAACAUACAACAAAAUCUACCAUCUCUGAGGCCUUGGAGCAAGCAAAUGAUGAUCAUCAUCCUGGGGAAAAUGUUACUGAAACCCACGAAGAUGAGGUAAAGCCAACACAAAUACCAGAAGAAGAUGAAAAUAUCUGGUCCACAGUUAAGGAGGGUGAUUCUUCAGUGCAAGCCCUGCAAGCUGAAAUUAAUGUUCCUUCAGACUCUGAAUCCCAGCACAUGAACCCCAAUGGGAACCCCAUUAGGAACAGGAGAAAACUGGGAUCAAGUCGUAGAAGUAAAAGACAACAGCAUGUCGAGAACAUUGUUACUGAAACUUUACAUGAGCCAAAAGAAGAAUGUGUUCAAAAGAGGAGCAAUGAUGAAGCCUUCGAUGUAAAAGCAACAGAAAUGUCAAGUUCUGAUUUACUAUCUGGACACCCAAAAGACCAAGUAAGUGACCUGUGCCAGCCUGAGUUGAAUGUGGAAAGCACUGAUUUGGUAACUAUGCAAGACAAUCCAAAUCCAGAUGGUAAUGUGUUCAGCAAUCAGGAGAAGGUCCUGUUUGAAGAUGAGGACAGUAAAUCUGUAAAAACACAACAAUCAGAAAUGAUCUCUAACUUGGAAGACUCAGCUAUGGAAUACAGAGAAAGUACCAGGGUCAGGGAGGAACUGGAAACAUCACAGAUGCAACUAGAAACAGAGACAGUAGGUCAAGAAGAACUCAGUCAACAGACUGACUAUGAUGUCAGCAUCCCUGUACCACAUGAUGGCACUUCAAAUCUUGCCAUUACACAUUCUGGGCUUCAAAACCCCACACCAGCAAACUAUCCCGAGAAGAACCUGGAAAGCCCAAUUCCUGAAAGUGAAAAUCUCCAAGAUCAUGGAGUAAAUGAGGGAGAAUUAAGAGUGGAGGAGUGUAAUGAAUCAAUGUUAGUGCCUCUUGAAGGAAUGGACACAUCUGGCACUUUUCAGGAUGAAGACACCAGAGGUGCUUAUCAUUCAGAGGAUGCUUUUCAUGACCAGGAUGUGACACUACCAGCCCAAACGCAAGAAAAGCAUGAACUUGACAGUGCUGGCCAAAGUGUGAAACAGAGUCCUAACAUAAGCAAAGAAAUGGUUUUGUCAAACCUGAUAGAGGAAGCUGAAGUGAGUGACAUUAACCAACCUGAGUUGACUAUAAAGAGUUCCUUUGAUCGUCCAAGUAAGCAGGAAGACUUCCCUCUUUAUGACAGGCUCGAAGAUCAUCCAGCAAAAUCUACCAUCUCUGAGGCCUUUGAGCAAGCAAAUGAUGAUCAUCAUCCUGGGGAAAAUGUUACUGAAACCCACGAAGAUGAGGUAAAGCCAACACAAAUGCCAGAAGAAGAUGAAAAUAUCUGGUCCACAGUUAAGGAGGGUGAUUCUUCAGUGCAAGCCCUGCAAGCUGAAAUUAAUGUUCCUUCAGACUCUGAAUCCCAGCACAUGAACCCCAAUGGGAACCCCAUUAGGAACAGGAGAAAACUGGGAUCAAGUCGUAGAAGUAAAAGACAACAGCAUGUCGAGAACAUUGUUACUGAAACUUUACAUGAGCCAAAAGAAGAAUGUGUUCAAAGAGGAGCAAUGAUGAAGCCUUCGAUGUAA